UUGGGGGGCUUUCUCUUUUUUCCCCAAUGGUAGAAAUGAUUCUGUCCAAUGAUAUAUUAGACAGAAAUUAUGUGCAGAGGUCCAGGAAUCAGUCUGCCUGCUAACUACCAGCUGAUAACUCUCCAAAAACUCAGUGGAACUGGAUUAUAUCUCUUGUGCAGAAAACCCACAGAUUGAGUUAAUUGUUCUUUGCAAAACUUGACCUUUGUCCUUUGAAAAGACAUGGUUAAUCAUCAGUCCCUUUUUCCAUUUAAAGUUAAAAGGACAGAGUUCUGAAAUCACUUGCUUGCUCUCAAGAACGGAAGGGGGUACAGUCUUCAGGUUACCCUCAGUGCUCACUCAAAAGCACCAAAAGAAAACUGAAACCAUGGGGCAAGACCAAGGUAACCAGGGUAAUGACGCAAAUACCAAUGAAAACAAGAUCCAGCUUAAAAGGACAAUGGGCUAUUUAGAAGGGGUUAGCUUCAUAGUAGGCACAAUUAUAGGUGCAGGGAUUUUUGUCUCCCCAACUGGAGUGCUCAAAUAUUCCUCGCUCAAUGUUGGUGUGUCUUUAAUAAUCUGGACCGCUUGUGGCAUCAUCUCGCUGAUGGGUGCUCUCUGUUACGCAGAGCUCAUCAUAGCACUGCCAUUUUCUGGAGGGGAAUACAGCUACAUAAAAAGAGCCCUUGGCUCUCCAGUGGCUUUUAUCUUUUUAUGGACAGCCAUGUUUAAUAGACCAGCCUCGAAUGCUGCUCGAGCCUUGCUGUUUGCCGAAUAUGCCAUUCAACCUUUUUAUGGAGAGUGCCCAGCUCCUGAGAUGGCAAAGAAAUGUUUGGGAUUGGCUGUUCUCUGGUUUCUUGGGAUUCUCAAUGGGCAAAGUGUCAAGAUGGCUGCCUGGGUGCAGAUCGUUUUCACCUUUCUCAAGAUGAUGGCUCUCUCCAUUGUUGCAAUCGGUGGAAUUGUUCUGUUGAUCGGAGGAAAGAAAAAGAACACAGCCAGAUUCGAAAAUGCUUUCAGUGCAGAGAUUCCAGAUGUUGUGCAGAUCUCAGAAGCAUUUUUCCAAGGGUUGUAUGCAUACGGUGGCUGGUGGUCACUCAGCUAUUUGGCAGAGGAGAUUAAAAAUCCAAGCAGAAACAUUCUUUGGACUGUGUUGACUGCACUUCCUUUAGUCACUAUUUUCUAUUUGCUGGUUAACAUUUCAUAUCUGACAGUUCUCACACCACAGGAAAUUGUUUCCUCAGUUGUUGUAGCAGUCAUGUGGGCUGAGAGAGUGAUCCCUUCAUUUGCUUGGAUAAUUCCUGCAUCUGUGGCUAUUUCUAUAUUCGGUGCCCUCAACGGCAGUGUAUUCACUCUUGGGCGGUUGAGCUAUGCCGCGAGUCAGUCUGGACAGUUGCCCAUUAUAGUAUCCAUGCUUAAUAUCCACCGUUCUACUCCAGCACCAGCCAUGAUUUUGUCCACCGUUAUUGCAACUGCUUUCCUCAUUUCAUCUGAUCUAAUUGCUUUAAUGAAUUAUUUUGGAUUCUCCAUUUGGCUUAUGACUGGACUAACAUCCACUAGUGUCAUUGUCCUCCGAUAUCGAGAGCCUGAUCUACUCAGGCCAUACAAGGUUUGUUUACCAGUUGCCUUUGGAAUGGUGGCCGUUUCCUUGUUCUUAGUUUUGGUUCCUAUAAUUUUGUCCCCGAAAAUGCAGUAUUUAUAUGCUUUCCUUUUCAUGGUUAGUGGUUUUCUUUUAUACCUACCCUUUAUACAUUUUCGAAUACACUUUGAGUGGCUUGAUAAAAUCACUUGCUAUCUGCAGCUGCUGCUCGAGGUUUCGCCUGCUAAUUAUAAAUCUGAGUAAUGCCAACAUUUGAAACUCUGCAGUAGGAACAAAAUCUUGCUUGUGCAGCACAGCAACAGCUUCUGAUACCUCUCUUGUUGCUUUUAAAAAAAAUGUGAAUAUUGGUGAAAUACAUGUAGUUAUGCACAUACACACGAGUGGCUGUUUCAUCAAAAGAUCUUGAUUGAAUAAACCAUGUAGCUCAGUGUUUUCAACCUUGGCAGCAUUAAGAUGUGUGAACUUCAACUUCCAAGCUGCUGGCUGAGGAAUUCUGGGAGUUGAGGUCCACACAUUUUAAAGUUGCCAAUUUUGAAAAUUACUGCUAUAGCUUUUUCCAAAUCCUCUGAAAAACCUCCUUGGAGUCUGGGAGACUCAGGGGGAUACAGUGGAAGAAGACUUAAAAAAAAACACCAAGACUUAAAAAAGAACACCAAAAGAAUAUAACACUGUCUGCCAAGUAAAAAGUGAAAAUACCUUUAACAUAAUUAAGGAGAAAAAUCCUUAAAACUGUGAACAACUUUUAACAAAUCCUUUGUUAAAUAACAACUUUGUUAUCCUUUAUUAAAAGUUGGCAUCAUAAUUAUCAGGCUUUGAUAUCGCAUCGAUACUUCUACAUCAGCACUGUUUGGUUAUUUUUCAAAUGCCUUUUGUGCCUCUAUCCCAUGGCUGUCAAACUUGUGGCAUCACGUUGCCAUCAUGUGACAUAUCCAGAGGUGGGAUUUACUUACCUUGCCUAUCGGUUCAUGUGUGCAAUAGUCACACAUUAUGUCCGGGUGGGUGGGCAGAGCCUCCCGCAGUUGCCGCUACCAGUUUGCACGAUCCAGAGAGAACCGGCUGAAUUCCACCAUUGGAUGUAUCAUGAUGUUUUUCCCCUUCACGGAGCUGGGUGGGCAUGGCCUAUGUGUGACACAUUGGUCCCAUGGGACGACAGUUUGACAUCCCCGCGGAGUCUGUCCCAUCUGGGUUACAGCAGUUUUCAUCUGCCACUAAAGAGCAUGUGUCCUACUUGACACAGUCUUGGUAGGGGUUGUGCUAUGUUCACACACUAUGUUUUACUCUAAGUACAAAAGCACCAUCAUAGCUUAAGGGGGUAGUCUGGUACAUGCUCAAACAAAUACUGGCUUUUUGCAACAUGCUCUUUAUCAGAAACUACCCAAUCCUGUUUUAGUUCAACCCACUGUUUCACAAAGUGUUGGCCAUAACUUUCAUAGGGUUUAUGAGAGACCCUCUCCUCACACUUCUUUCUGAGCAGGCUUACCAGUCAGAUGCAAAUGUGUGCUGGAUGCAAAUCAAGAUGGUGCUUCCAGAGGACUCUCUGCUCUUUGCUGUGAUAAAUACAAGAAUAAAGAAUUUUGAAAAUUCA